AUGCGCAAUACUUUGGUAGAAGUUCUUAUCAGUUUUAGCAUCUUUAUUUGCUUUGACAGCCACGAGAAGGACAAUCAUCACGAAAUUGAACGACUUCUUGAUCGAAAAUCGCCACUUUUUCGCUAUCCACAUGGUCUACUUGAUAAUGAACAAAAAAAUUUACAAUCUACAUAUAAUACAUUUGAAAUGCUGAAUGGAAAUCUUGACAAGAUUCGUGUAGAUCUUGGCAUUAAAACGUUAGAUGAGUAUUAUAAUGUAUCUCAAACAUAUACGCACUUACUUUCACUGCAGCAACAACAACAAGAUGCGUAUUCAACUGAGAACUUGAGUAUAAGACCAACAAAUGAUGAAAGUUCUUUUACCGAUCUUAGUAUGCGUGGACCGAAACGUAGUCUUCACAGAGUAAUACAAACAUUCAAAAUUGAUUAUGCAUUAGUAAAUCGUAUAGAACUUAAUGGACCAAUUUUAUUUACGCACAUUAUUACACGAUUGAAGUCAAGUAUUAUUUACCAUUUAAUUACAUUAAGAUUCGAAUUUCAAGUAAAUUCAUCGUCAUCAUUAACCGAUUCAGAAAGAUUAGUUCUUGGAAAAUUAAUUGAAUUGUUAACUUCGUGUUUUAGUGAAAAACAAUGA